AUGGCUGAGUCUGAACCUUUUCUUCACGCAAAGUCAGAGGACUACGAUGACGAAGAGCAACGUGGAAUUCCGCUCGAAGAUCAGUACCAUGAUGAUUCUCGUCAUCCAUCCAUCCACGACGCUGACUCACAGGGCUACAUCCCGCGUGCCUCCUCGAGAUCCUGGCGCGUCAUCUCUGUCCGCGUCCUAAGCGGAGUAAACUGGGAAGCCGUCACCCGGCGGCCUACCACCCACGACCUCAAGCAGACUCUCAUAGAAGCCCUCCCUCGGCUCUUCAGGCCAAGUUCACUCUGCUUGACGUCCCCACCGGGUCCAACAGCAUACCUUGACGCUCUCCGUGGCUACGCGGCCUGGAAUGUGUUUCUCGCUCAUGGUUAUAAAGACUUUCACUUCUGGUAUAAGCACCAGCCGUUCCUCUCAGCGCUUAUGGCCGGCGAAGCCAUGGUGGCGUUGUUCUUCGUCAUCUCCGGUUAUGUGUUAAGCUACCGCCUGCUCAUCUAUACACGCAAUUGUUCAGGUGACAAGCUACUGUCCGGCCUCGCUAGUAGCACUUUCCGUCGUGGUAUGCGCCUGUAUGGCUCGACUACCGUGGCGCUUUUCGCGGCGUUGAUCUUGGUCCGCUUGCGCCUGUACAAUGGUGGAAACUGGCCCUUGUACUUGGAAUCCUUAUGGCUGCAACUGUACGACUGGAUUUAUACGCUUGUGUUUUUCUUAAACCCCUUCGCCACCCAAGUCCACGGCUACUACACCAUGGACGGCUUGCAGAACAAAUACCUCGGCCCCAUGUGGACCAUCCCCGUCGAGCUCCGCGGCAGUAUGAUUCUCUUCAUUUACAUUGCGGCGACGUGCAAGCUCCGUGUCUACACGCGCCUAGCGUUGACGUGCAUGCUUGUGGUCGCUUCCCAUAUAUGGGCCGCGCUUUACGUCGCGGACUUCUUGAUGGGGAUGAUAGUCGCUGAAAUCGGCCUGCUGCGCUAUCCUGAGCGUCUGGUGACGGCUCCCUCACUGCCCGAGCAUACGAUCAGCCCGCAGAGGCAGAGUCUGGCCUCAAAGUGCUUUUGGACACUAGUAUUCGCCGUCGGGUUUUUCCUUCUUGGGGAACCUGACGGUGACACCAAUGCCCUAGGCAUAUUCGGCGAUUGGCCUUGGGCGUUCUUGCGAUCGUGGAUUCCGAGCUAUUUAGGCGGCGAAGAUAGGCUUUAUUGGUACCUAGGCAUCGGGUCUUUUCUGCUCGUGCUUGGCCUGGAGAUGUACCCGGCAUUGCAGGCGCCCCUGCGAUGCGGCUGGAGUCAGUAUGUCGGCGACCUCAGCUUUGGUAUAUACGCGCUACACGUUCCGCUUUUGGUCGCGAUCAUCGGCCACUGGUACGACGUCGACGUGCGGCAGGCGCUCGGAUGGGAUAAUGGUUGGGGUAUUCUCCCCGGGGCGAUGAUCAUGCAUGUUGUGGUGUUUUCUUGUGCAGAUUAUUUCAACAGGGUUGACAGACGCGUUGUGAGAUUGGGAAGGUGGGUGCAAGAGAAACUUUUUGUGCGUUGGGAUAAGUUCUAG